AUGUACUUCACUGCCCCCUCCGUGGCCGUCCUGGCCCUCGCCGCCGGUGUCUCUGCCGGUGUUGCCCAGAAGGAGCACGAGCCCCCUGUCCACGGCAAGAGUGUCAUCAACAAGCAGGCCACCGGUACCGCCACCGCCCAUCGCACCGGCAUCCAGACCGGCACCCACCCCAUCAUGACCGGCACCCCCAACAACGGCACCCAGGGCAAUAACGGCACCGCAAUCGUUACCUCGACUGCCCCCUGCUUCACCUGCCAAACUGGUAGCUCCACCAUCCCCGUGGUUGUCCCCAGCAGGACCCCUGCCGCUAGCUCCGGCGCCCCCGGCGCUGGCCCUAGUGCUGGCCCUGGUGCUGGCCCCUCUGGCGGCGCUGGAGGUGCUGGCGGCGCUGGCACCACCCCUGCCGGCCCCGGCGCUACUGGCUUCACUCCCUCCAACCCCGGCUCCAAGGUUUCCGUUCCCCAGGUCGGUGCCGCCGGUGCUGUCAUGGUCUACGGUCUUAUGCUCCUUGCAUAG